ACUCUAAAUCCUUCCUACAACCUAGCAGUUUGUUCAAGCCCUCUCUCUUUUUCUGGCUGCUGCAGCAGUCCAUCCUCGGAGUUUAUCACAACACCAGCCCAUUAUACAAAGCAACAUCAACAAUAUUCUAGUGUCUGCCGGCCUUUGUUACCGGGCGACGCCAACUUCUCGAUCUUUUCUCCAUCCCCCUCCUUCUCAACUCCUCAAUCCUCCUCUUCCUCUACUUCUUCUACAAACUCUAUGCAUGUGUCCACCUCAUCCACCCAUCCACUUGCUACUAGCCAGCUCGUCGGCCAAAAUGUUCCCAGCUGCAAGACCGAGAAAUUUAUCGUUACCUCCGGCUAUGAUGAUGCCUUGAAUGCUCCUCGUAGCAGCAUCCUUUGUGGUAGCGCCUUUAGUGAAUCGUCAUCGCCUGAUCCGAAUGGCGUCUUGGACACAUCUAAGACGACCACUACUCGGUUGCCGUCAACUUGCAGGCUGACACAAACUACAAAGUCUUAUCGUACCGCUUCCACUUUUUUAGCAGCUUCACAAUCGAUGUCAUCGCCUUCAGCACCUGGCGCUAUCACGGCUUCAUCAACCUCAACCGGCUACUCGGCCUCAGGCCUACGCAACAGAGCUACUAACUCUUCUACGGCUUCUCUCCUCUCAGAUUCCAAGCCUGGCUGUAUGACCUAUGCCGGAGGCAUCAAUGGGGGCAAUGCGUACUAUUAUCAUGGCUACUCUAGCCCAUCUAAUCGCCGUGCCAGUCUUCAUCAACACAGCAAUCUUGGAUCCAACCUUGGUACAGGUGGUCUCGAGCUUGGUGUCAAGAUUGCGAACGUCCAACCCGUUCCAUUGCGCCGAUACACAGCUAGUGCUGGUCUUAUAGGUAUUUACCGCUUGCUCUGUUGA